CCAUUGGCUUCUCACCCCGCCAAUCAGUCCAUAAUCGGAUACGUGACGUGAUGUUUAAUUAAGCAGGAACAGGAAAGACUGGUUACAUUGUUACUAACAGGGAAGCAGCAAGGUUGGAUCUGAAAUUGAAAUUAACAAAUAGAAAGUUUAAAAACAUUUCCGAGGCAAUAAUUACCAUUUUCCUGCCUCAUGGAUUUGCGCAAACCAUUGUUUUAAUCAUAGUCUGUGGGCGACUUGCAAGAUUUUAUCAGAUUCCGAGGGUUGCUCUGGCUGGUCACUUCUAAUUGUUUAACUCGGGAUAAGUAAAUUAGAUAGACAUUCGUUUGAUGUAAAGAAGACAUAUUGACAACUAAGGGAGAAGAAAACGAUCGCAGAUCAAGAUCAAACCCGUUUCAAAUUGAGACUGCCCUCCACAGUUUGGAUUGCAGGCUGGCACAAGCUGGACUGGAGGUUAUUAUGGCAAUGACUGGAGGGACCGCAACAUCCUUUCCCAUGAGCAAUCACACCCGUGAGAGGGUGACUGUGGCCAAGCUGACUCUUGAAAACUUCUACAGCACUCUCAUUACACAGCACGAGGAGAGAGAAAUGAGGCAGAGAAAACUAGAAAAGGUAAUGGAUGAAGAGGGGCUCAUAGAUGAAGAGAAAAAGAUGAGGCGAUCUCAGCAUGCGCGGAAAGAGACAGAAUUUCUGCGGCUCAAGAGGACCAGACUUGGCCUUGAUGACUUUGAGUCCUUGAAAAUCAUUGGAAGAGGUGCUUUUGGGGAGGUACGGCUAGUUCAGAAGAAGGAUACUGGCCAUAUCUACGCCAUGAAGAUCUUGAGAAAAGCAGACAUGCUGGAGAAGGAGCAGGUUGCCCAUAUUCGUGCUGAGAGAGAUAUGCUUGUGGAGGCUGAUGGUGCUUGGGUUGUGAAGAUGUUCUAUAGUUUUCAAGACAAGAGAAAUCUAUAUCUGAUCAUGGAGUUUCUUCCGGGAGGUGAUAUGAUGACACUGCUCAUGAAGAAGGACACUUUGACAGAAGAGGAAACACAGUUUUAUAUAGCGGAGACUGUGCUGGCCAUAGACUCCAUUCACCAGCUGGGGUUCAUUCACCGAGACAUUAAACCGGACAACCUCCUGCUGGAUUCCAGGGGUCAUGUUAAGCUGUCAGACUUUGGUUUAUGCACAGGACUGAAAAAAGCACACAGAACAGAGUUCUACAGGAAUUUAACCCACAAUCCACCCAGUGAUUUCAGAGAUCUACUUCCUACAGCCUUUCAAAACAUGAAUUCAAAAAGGAAAGCAGAGACAUGGAAAAAAAAUAGACGGCAAUUGGCAUACUCUACAGUGGGAACCCCAGAUUAUAUUGCCCCUGAGGUGUUCAUGCAGACUGGGUAUAACAAACUCUGUGACUGGUGGUCUCUGGGAGUUAUAAUGUAUGAAAUGUUAAUAGGCUAUCCUCCAUUCUGUUCAGAAACUCCACAAGAAACGUACAGAAAGGUUAUGAACUGGAAAGAGACUCUUGUUUUCCCUCCUGAAGUACCCAUUUCAGAGAAAGCAAAAGACUUGAUUUUAAGGUAUUGUAGUGAUGCAGAGGACAGAGUGGGUGCUGUAAGUGUAGAGGAAAUCAAGAGCCAUCCAUUCUUUGAACCAGUCGACUGGGAUCAUAUAAGGGAGAGGCCAGCAGCUAUUUCAAUCGAAAUAAAAAGCAUUGAUGACACAUCAAACUUUGACGAGUUCCCAGAGUCAGACAUCCUCCAGCCAAUUUCAGUGACAAAUGCAACAGAACAGGACUACAAAUCAAAGGACUGGGUCUUCCUCAACUAUACCUACAAGAGGUUCGAAGGACUCACACAAAGAGGCUCCAUUCCCUCUUACAUGAAAGCCGGAAAGUUGUGAAAAACAUCAGGGAUUGAGACCCUUUGAACAGCUUCGUGCCUGGGCCACUCGACACUUAUCAAUGCUGAUACACUGAAAGACUCCUGCAGACUAUAUGGUGCAUAUCAAUGUAAAACAUGAAAUUCUACAGGAUUAGGGUUUCGCAGACUACUGAAGAGGCUGUUUUAUUUUGGGUUGGCAGGGCCAGCGGCCAUCUUGCCAAAGUUGUUUUGCUUAUCUUGUUUGUUCUUUUGUACUGCCAUAUAAAGGUACUAGGGUAACUGUAAACAUAUCUUUGUGUGCAUUUCACACAUGUUUGUAUAGAGAUUUUGACUGUGUGUGAUGCUUGAGGCUUCAUUGCUGGAUACAGUGUCUGUCUCUUUCUUUUCUAAACAAAUUACAUACAACUCUUAAAGACACCUGCAUGAUAAAGAAGCCAUAUUACACAGCCGUAUAGCUGAGAGCUCAGAUUGGACACAGGUGCUUCUUGAAUUACAGUUCCUGGAAAUGGAGUGACCUCACAGGCUAAACUGUGGACACUGUAUUGAAGCUCUGGGCUUGAGUGCCAAGGAAACCCAUCCCCCUCCUUCUAAUACAAAUGAGGGAUGGGAACCGUUUUUGCAUGCAAAAGGGAUACUGUAUUGAUUGCUGUAAUAAAGAACUAAAUUGCAUUAACUUCCAACAAUCAAUACAUUUGAGUUGGCUGCUAAAUAAUGUUACCAGUUGCAGUACGUCCAAAUCACGUCGUGUGACAGCAUCAUUUUGUUCAGGUAGUGUUGCUGAAUUCCAGAUUCAGAUUCACGUUACAAUCCCCAUUGCUGGUUUAAAGAGAAAUGUUUCGAUAGGCAAUAAUUGGGAUUUUUACAGCUUUUCUUAAAUAAAUUACGAAUUUCUGGCCCACUUUUAAAUUAGCCUGUUUUUAAAACUAACGAAAAUGUACCUCUUGUUAAACACUUAAGGUCAAUGUCGUAUGUAGCAAAAGUAUGUCCCUGUGUUGGGAGUAUUGAAUAAAGUUUACACUGCAAGAUUAAAAAAUGUCAAACAAUCACGCCUGCCAAUGCCCCAGAAAUGAGGACAGGUACUACUUGAAUCUACUUGCAAAAAAAAAAAAAAAAAGUUAUUUAGUUUCAUGCAUACAAGAAAAGUUAAUCUAAUUUUUGUUGUCAAGGUUUGGAAUUUUAAUAUGGGUAUGUUCAUGGUUUAAAAAUGUAUUUGACUUUAACUAGGGAUUUUUUUUUAUUUGUUUAGUAGUUCUGCUUUUGCAAUUUUUUUUAAUCACAUGUACGACUCUCAUUAUUUUUUGUUUUGCCUGUUCAGGGUAAAAAAAGGUGUGGACUAACAUUAUUGAUCAAAUUCCAAACAGUAACAAAUAGGAUAUUUCAUUUGAAUUUGAUUCCUGCAGCCUGACACUUACGCAGUGCGAACUACUUCAGUAAAGAAGUAAAUUCCCAGAGUCCUGUGAUUAUAUUAAAAAUGAAUUUGCAUGGUAUUCACAUUUUAUUAAAUGUUGUUUUAAAAGGUUUUACUCUAUUUUGAAUUUUUGGAACCAGUCUGUACUGCCAGAUUUGACAGGGUAUAAAGUUUGCUUAGUCAGCACAUUGGUUAGAUACAUUUAAUGUGUACAUUCUAUAUACAUUUUACUGUAUGUGCAAAAGCUGUACUAAGUACCAAAGAUUCUCAAGUGGACUGUGUUUGACGAUAUGAAGUCAUUCCAGGACAAACCUCUCUUUACUUGCUGAGAAUAUAGACGGGCUAUAAGACAAUGCUAUAUUUAAAAUAAUAAUAAUAAUAAUAAUAAUGAUAUAAUUUAAAAAUAGGUACAAGGAAAACAUGACAAGUUAAGGGACACCUUGUAGAAUUAGCAACCGUGAAUUUUGUAAUUAACUACUGCAAAGUUGUACUGUGAUUAUGAUGCAUCUUGUGGAUGGUGUAAGCACCGUACUAUAUCAGAAAGCUGUAUAUAAUAUUCUUCAUAAAUGCAACAGUUCCAAAGACAUUACAAAACUACACACUGAAAAAGCCUGUUAGAUAGAAAGGCGUUAUUGUUGAAUACUGUAUAGUAGUUUCUGUAAGAACAUAUAAAAUGGUGCCAGAUGCACUGAGGAUGGAUUUCUUCCAAUAAGAUUAGCAAUACUAGAAUGGGACACAUUUUUAUUUAUGCAUUCUGAAUGGCUGGGAUUUAAACUUUUUGUGUUUUAUGUAUAUAGUGAAAUAAAAGUUGAACUUUAUUGUUAGAUGCCAAGGAGGAUCAAAGUUAUAUCUAGUACAAGUGGAUUGACAUGUGCUGUUAAAGUUUUUUGUUGUGCUUUUUAGAAAUAUACUGGAUCCACUCUUGUUAUACCCCCCUCCUCCCCCAGACUAAUUUAAUUUUGACCCAAAAGUACUUACUAGUAUUUAUGACUGUAGUAAUAAUCCUCUUUUGCCCCUUGACUCAAUCCCAUUCAUAGACAGGUAUGCUGACAGGAGCAAAUCCAGUAUGCAAAUGUAUUUAUGCCUGUUGAAAGGAAAUAGCUUACAAAAUGUAAAGCAGCCUUAUGAAGGGUAGGGCUUGAUUGAAAACCAAUCUAUAGUUCAGUUGCCCCCAAAAAGAUCAGUGAGUGAGCAGCAGGAAAAGCAAUGUGAUUUACUCCAGAUAAAGUAGUAUCUAAUCAAUUGGAAACACAAUUUAAUUAUAUUGUUUUUGGCACUAUUUGCAGAAACUAAGUCUUUAGAGUGUGUAUUUAUUUCUCUCUCUUCCUUAUCCAUAUUUUGUAUGGGUUUUAUGUUGUCUUCCAUGCAUUGUAAAGAGUGUGGAUGAAAGUCUUCUAAAACCACGAUGGUGGGGACUGAAAAAAGCAAGAGUGGAAAGUCACAAUAGGUUUUAAUGUCAUGCUACAUUUAUAAGCCUCAAUGAUCUGUACACUGUUAAUAUUUUUUUUUGUAACAUAUGAGAACAAUAAAGUAUCUAGUACAGUAAA